AUGUCAAACACCGAACUCCCCAACCCCGGGCGCCGCCGCAAACCAGCCAACAUAUACUACACACUCCCAUACUUCGAACCAGUCAUGUACUCCUACGUCUUCAUCGGCUCAUCCAUCUUGGCCUGGGUAGCCGACUACCUCACCAUAGUUGGAAAAACAUGUAUGUGGACCGGGUUCGCCAUAACGUGCGCACUAGUGAUCGCCACCCACCCAACGAUCACCACCGAUCGGAUAAGACCCGAUGAGAAGGGAAAUCCUAUAAAAGUACGCCGUCCGCUGGUCGGGUUUAAAAGAUGGGAGUUUGCUUUGGAUAUCGAGAGUAUUGAGAAUGGGCUUUAUGAUGAUCCGUAUGGGAAUUCGGAUGAAAGACUUCAUGAUGGGUCACCAUGGGAUGCCCUUCCAAACACCUACAAACAGGCAGUCUUCAAAGAACAAGGCGCCAGCCUAUCCCUAGAAGAAGUAAGCUUAACUCCGCCUAAGCGUGACGAAAUUCUAGCCAAAGUCGAAGCAUAUGGCGUAUGCUAUUCCGACCACUUCGCGCAGACAAAUCCACUCCCCUCGUUCCUGGCCAUGAGGUUAUCAGACAAGUGGCUGCGGGUGGGGAGGAUGAGACUAUUUAGAAGGGUGUAUAGCAUGGUAGACAUGAUAGUAUCUAAGUUUUUCCCCUUCCCCGAUAUUGUUGAUAUUUAUACACUGGAAAGGUGUGUGAUAACGAAUGCCGAAUACUGCACUAUCCGUCGCGAAGCAGCAAUUCACAUCCUACAGCACGUCAACGCAGCCAAAUACGCGCCGAUGCUCUGCGCCGACGUAACAGUCUUUAACUUAAUCCGGCAAAUGAACAUCCCAACCGAUGAAAUUAUCCAUCCAAGGACUGGACGGGCUGGGUCAUCCGGCGCUGCAGUAUGCGAACAAAAUGUGAUACCGGGUCGUGGCACUAUCGUGGUGUUCCGAGAAGAAAGGCUUUGCGUGGAAAUUGGGGGCGUUCGGGAGGAUGCUAUUGCUGCGUGGCAGAAGCUUAGGGGAGCGAGCCCGGUUGUUUCUAUGGCUCCUAUGCUAGAGAUUAUUAAUCCGCUUAUUCGAGGGUUAGGUGUUGGAAAGGGCAUGUCCAUCUGGAGCUGGCCUAGUGGUCAUGCCGCCGAUUCCGAGGAUGCAAUUGCCUUUGCGGACCUGCAUGGCAUCAAUUGUCUGGAGGAAGAGUUCCCCUUGGAACACUGCAACGAAGCAUUUGCGGCUAUGGUGGAGGGAAGUGUACGGUUCCGUGCGGUCAUCACAAUGCAGUAA